AUGUCCGAUGUCAGCCCUGUCGCAGAGCUGCUGGGACAGGCGAUCUAUCAUUACGAGAAAUUGAGACCACUUUUGCCCACCUAUGGACACCUCCUUAUUUCCGCUCUUUUCCCAAUCUGGAUCGGCUCCCAUGCAUCCUUGACCAGACCUUCGUCCGCCGCCAAACCGCCGAAGAAAGACCAGAAUGAAGAUGAAGACACCGAGGACGAGAUCGGACCAGGGUUGUCGCAGAAGAUGGAAGGACUUUCACCAUCAGAUGCUUUGAUGCUUCCAGUGACUGCUGGACUUACGCUUGGUGGUUUAUAUUUUGUGAUCAAAUGGUUAGAGGACCCGGCCAUCUUGAACAAGAUCCUCGGCAUCUACUUCUCCCUAAUUGGCCUUUUCUUCGCCUUCAGCUUCUUGAAGGAUUUCUUUAUGAUAUUGCGGUCGUUUAUCUUCCCUCGGCGCUAUUAUCAACGUGGACAGCUGUGGGAGGUGGCACAGUCAGAGCGCAAGUUCAUCGCAGUUGGAAACACUUCAGUCGAGUCCCCGUCUGUCCGGUAUUCACCACUUGCUGGGAUAUGGGGCAUGAUCCCAAUCCCAGGCCUGAUAGCUAAGAUUAUUUGGAAAUGCCGAAACGCUUCAUUCCAGCGACUUCAGGUACGCGCCCAAGUGCGCGGUUUAUUCAGCUUCAAAUGUCGUAUUGGUCUCCUUGAUACCAUAAGCGCAGUGGUUGCAUUGUCAGCCGUGGGCUACUUUGCCUUUGUCGCAAGACCGUGGUGGUUGACCAAUUUCCUUGGAUUCUGCUUCUGUUAUGGUACCCUCCAGGCCAUGUCUCCGUCCACCUUUUGGACAAGCACUCUCAUCUUGGGUGCUCUGUUUUUCUAUGACAUUUACUUCGUCUUUUUCACGCCCUUGAUGGUGACGGUCGCAACUAAGCUGGAUGUGCCCAUCAAGUUGUUGUUCCCUCGUCCACCAAAUGCCAAUGACGAUCCUAGUACCACAUCGUUGGCUAUGCUUGGACUGGGUGACAUCGUGGUCCCAGGAAUGGUGAUGGGACUGGCACUCCGAUUCGAUCUUUUCCUCUAUUACCGACAAAAAGGCGCCCAAAAAGCACAGGCUGAAGGGUCAAAGCUGGCUGUCGAGAAGCCCGAGUAUCAGUCGCCAACUGGAGCUUGGGGAGAGCGCUACUGGGCCCCAUCAUUCCAGCGAGAAACCCCAGAAAUCAAACCACCUUACCAUGAUGCUCGCUCAUUUCCCAAGACCUAUUUCCAGGCUAGUAUAUUUGGCUAUGUUGCCGGAAUGGUCAUGACCCUUCUCGCGAUGCAAUACUCUAACCAUGCCCAACCGGCCCUUCUUUACUUGGUUCCAGGCGUCUUGACAUCUCUCUGGGGAACUGCGUUCGUCCGGGGUGAAAUUAAUACCAUGUGGCACUUUUCCGAUGAAGAAGUGGAAGAUGACGAAGAAAAGAAAGAAGAGGCUAAAGAGGAGCCCUCCACGAAAAGCCAGAAGGGUCUGCUUAUGCGCCUUUUCUCUGGCGAAGUAGACACCCCUAGGACAAAAGACGCCGACAGAACGUCUAAGCAGUCCGACAAGGAGAAGACCGACGACUCCAAGCCGACGAAAGACAACAAGGAGAAAAGGAACAAACCGAACAAUGAGAAUUUGGACCUGAUUUCCUUUUCUGUUUCGUGUCUUCGGAAGUCCAAAAGCAAGACUGAAGCCUCAUCGUCCGAAGAUCUUGACGACGAAGAAGACAAAGUGACGCAGGUCUAUCUGAAUGCCGAUGGGGACAAUGAGCCCCCGCUUAAGAGAAGACGGCGCAGUAUGAAGAAGCCAUCGAGCCAGUGA